UAAACCCACAGCCCCAACGCCCACCCGCCCCCUUGCUUUCUCGUUGUUCCUCUCUCUCUCUCGUCGUGUCUCCGUCAUGGCAUCCCAAGGUCCUCUCCUCCUUGGCUUUCUCGUCCUCCUCCUUGCCUUGGCCUCCCAGGGCUCCAUUUAUGAUCUCCUCCAUGCCAAUGGUCUCCCCCCAGGGCUCCUCCCCCGCGCGGUGGAGUCCUUCUCGUUCGACCCCCAUUCCGGCCUCCUCGAAGUCCAUCUUCACUACCCCUGCUAUGCUCGGUUCGACGGUCUCGUCUUCUUCGACCGCGUGGUGCGCGGAAACCUCAGCUACGGCAGCCUCCACGGCGUCGUCGGCGUCACGCAGGAGGAGCUCUUCCUCUGGCUCCCCGUCCUUGAGAUCGUCGUCACCGAUCCCUCCUCGGGAGUCAUCUUCUUUGACAUCGGCGUUGCCCACAAGCAGCUCUCCAUUUCCCUCUUCGAGUACCCGCCGGAGUGCCAGCAGAAGAAGGAAGGGAAGAUCGUUCCUGCCAUAGGAGACGGAUUUCGUGGCAGACGAGAGAAAGGAGUCGAGGAGUAACGAUGAGCGAGAAAUAAAAAGAUGCUUCCCAUUUUAUCUCCCUGUUGCUCUUCCCCUCUUCUCUCUACCUUAGUAUGUGGUUCUUGUCUUCUACCCUUAGUAUGGAAGUAUGGGCAACUUUGUCAGUGCAGCUGCUUUAGUUACUGCCUCUUGUUUCCUUUGUUCUACCAUUUUAUGUGAUAUUGCAGUGGUCUCCUCCUCAUCCUUACAAAACUAGUGGGGUGUAAUAAUGAGACGUUUAGCAACUAGACUUGAAGCAAUGUUGCUUCAGAUGAAUAAUGGUGUGGCUAGGUCCAAGUCUAUCUUACAUUAUAUAGUUAUAUUGUACCUUUUCUCAUCAACGAACCCUUGGACGCAUGUUUAUGUUAGCAUAAAUUUCGAGGA